AUGGAAUAUGAAGAGGAUGAUGACAUUUCCUUUGCAAAAUGGAUGAGCAGCUUCUGGGGCCACAACUUGAUUGAUGAGAAUGAGAAAGAGGGUAGAGGCCACAAGAAACAUCAGACACGACCCUUUAGUGAAAGGAGAGCCUCCCUUCCGGCCAGGCUUUCUUCCCUCCAUACGACACGACUUCAUGCUUCUACCAAAGGCUCAUCUUCAGGCCAUCUCAAGGGCUCCAAGGAAUUUCAAGAAGACCAAGACGUGAAAUGCCACUGCCACAGGAAGGCAAGCAGAACACCUUCAGCAGACAGCUCAUGCCCAGAGACAAGAUCAAACUCCAUGCAGGAAUUUGCAGAGUCCUUUGAAAAACAAUUGCAUCUCAAAAGCAAACGCUCAGUUUCUUUGCAGCCUGAAGGCAUGAAGGAGAGAAAAGAAAGAGAAAGACUGCAUUUGAGAAAAAGCAAGUCUCACAAGAGAACGGGAGAGAAAUCAGAGCCAAGGAGAGAGCAAGAAGAAGAUGAAGGUUCAGAAGUCGUACCUGCAAAACACAACGAACAGUUUCCAUCACAAGCGAGCAUUGAGAAAGGAUAUUUAUGUACAGGCAGCUAGAAUGUGUUGAGAUAAUGAAUUUUAAUGCUCCCCCUGAAGAGGAGAGGGAACAUUCUUGUUUUGUUUUCACUAGAAGAGGUGUGUUAGCUAGAAUAAACCCUAACCUGUAAAAUAAAAGUAAAAUUCAAC